GAUAGCAAAUACACGCAUACCGUCUGUGAACAGCGGUGUCCGUAUAUAAUCGUAGGGAUACGCAAAUUGGCGGGUUAUCUGGUGGUGCUUAAAAACCCUUCAGUGCUCAAAACUCUUUUCAAAACAGAGUUGUAAACAUUCUGCACUGUUUCUGCUCAGACAAAGCUCACCGCUGUGCAUCUCUUCAACAUGGCCGAUGGCCACCAGUUCAACAAUAUUUUGCUUGUCGGUCGAGGUGGAACGAAUCAGGGGCAACUGAGGAUACACUCUGAAGGCAUUGUAUGGAGGAAGCAGGGUGGAGGCAAGGUGGUUGAGGUGGGUAAAACAGAUGUUGCAAGCUUGAGUUGGACUCGAGUUCCCAGGGGCUAUCAACUUGGCGUUAAGCUGAAAGCUGGUCUGAAUGUCAAGUUUGCUGGAUUUCGUGAGCAGGAUGUCAGUAAUUUGACAAAUUAUAUGAAGACUACAAUGGGAAUCUCACCAGAGGAAAAACAUCUAUCUCUAAGUGGACGAAACUGGGGAGAAAUUAGUCUAGAUGGGAAUAUGUUAUCAUUUGUAGUAGGCUUACAACAAGCCUUUGAAGUAUCCUUGGCAGAUGUCUCACAAACACAGCUUCAGGGAAAGAAUGAUGUUGUCCUAGAAUUCCAUGUGGACGAUACUACUGGAGCUAUUGAGAAAGAUUCUUUAAUGGAAAUGAGUUUCCACAUCCCAACUACAAAUACAACUUUUGCUGGAGAUGAAACUCAACCCCCAGCACAAAUAUUUCGUGAGAAAAUUAUGUCUAUGGCUGAUGUCGGAUCAUCAGGUGAAGAACCAAUUGCCUCAUUUGAAGAUGUUGCAAUACUCACUCCAAGGGGUCGUUACAUUGUUGAUCUUCAUAUUUCAUUCUUACGACUUCAAGGCCAAGCUAAUGAUUUUAAGAUUCAAUACAGUAGUAUUCUCCGCCUUUUUAUUCUACCAAAGUCAAAUCAACCCCAUACAUUUGUUGUCAUAUCUUUGGAUCCACCAAUCCGUAAGGGUCAAACUUUUUAUCCACAUAUUGUUUUGCAGUUUGCUACAGAAGAAGUAGCUGAAUGUGCACUUUCAAUAAGUGAUGAGUUGCUAAGUUCAAAGUACAAAGACAAGCUUGAGCCUUCUUAUAAGGGGCUUUCACAUGAAGUAUUUACACAAAUUUUGCGUGGUCUAUCUGGGUCCAAAGUUACACGACCUGGGAAAUUCCGUAGCUGUCAAGAUGGAUAUGCUGUGAGAUCUUCUCUUAAGGCAGAAGAUGGAAUCUUAUAUCCUCUUGAAAAAGGAUUUUUCUUCUUGCCCAAACCUCCAACACUUAUUCUUCAUGACGAGAUUGACUAUCUUGAGUUUGAAAGGCAUGGUGCUGGUGGUGCGAGCAGUAUGUCUUCUCACUAUUUUGACCUUAUUAUAAAGCUGAAGAGUGAGCAAGAACAUCAGUUCCGCAAUAUUCAGAGGAAUGAAUAUCACAAUCUCUUCAAUUUCAUAAACUCCAAGGGUUUGAAAAUUAUCAACCUAGGAGACACACAGACUACUGGUGGGGUGGCAGCUGUUCUUCAGAAUUCUGAUGAUGAAGCUGUAGAUCCACAUCUUGAGCGUAUUAGAAACCAACGUGAUGCAGGUGCUGGGGGAGAAGAUGACAGUGAUGAAGAGGAUGAAGACUUUGUGGCAGAAAAGGAUGAUGCUGGAUCACCAACUGAUGAUUCAGAUGAAGAGGGAUCGGAUGCAAGUAAAAGUGUGGAAGAACAAGAAAAACCUCAAAAGAAAGAAGCAAAGAAAAAAGACACAGUUACCUCCAAAUCUACUGCCACUAAGAAGAGGAAGGAUGAUGAGGAAGGGGGAGGGAAGAAAAAGAAGCAACAUAGAAAGAAAGAUCCAAACGCUCCCAAAAGGGCUAUGUCUGGGUUCAUGUUCUUUUCCCAAGUUGAAAGAGAGAAUGUCAGAAAGAGCAACCCUGGAAUGGCAUUCACUGAUAUUGGAAGGGCUCUUGGAGAUCGAUGGAAAAAGAUGUCAGCGGAGGAGAAGGAACCUUAUGAAUCAAAGGCCAAGGCUGAUCAGAAAAGAUACAAAGAAGCAAUGGCUGAUUACCGAGGUGGUGCAGCUAAUAAUGGAGCAGACAGUGAUUAGAUUAGUGGACACUGAAGUUUUUAUGAACAAAACUAGCUUUAUAGGCCUCUGUAUAAAUUUUGUAGGUUUUUAAUGUUUCAGAGGUCUAUAUAUUCUCUGGGCAUUGUUUUAAAAAAAAUGGCAGAGAAUAGUGUAAGUUAAUUAUGCAGCAGGCAAAGCUUAUAAAAUAGAUGUACAUUGGAAUUGUUCUCAAGCAUUGAUCCUUACCCUUUGAUUGGAAGGGACAAAUGUAUCUUCCUCAUCCAAUGGAAUCAGGAUAAUUUAAGAUUUUAAUCAGCGUACUGUACUGGAUCAUUCCUUUCCAAUACUUAAGCUUUUAAUGUGCUUAUUAGAAUCACGGGAAAAAAAAGAAUUCAAGCUGCAUAUUUUAAUAGUAAAUAA